AUGACGGCUGCUCGACGAUCCAACCUCCACCCUGUCCCGGUCAGUCUGAUCAGUACUCGGUUGUCCCAGAAUGCAACUUUGCUGCGGGAAGAAUCCUCCGCUGCCAUGUCGGAGAUGCGAGCGCAGGCCCAGCAGUUGCAUGCGCUGCAGUACUAUGGCGAAGUGCACGUCGGGACGCCGCCACAGCGAUUCACAGUCAUUUUCGAUACAGGAAGUGGUCAGUUGAUGCUGCCCUCAGCCAGGUGCAGCAGCCAGGCCUGCAGAAAACAUCAGACAUUCGCAGUGCAGAGAAGUAGCACGGCGAUCCCCGUAGGCUGGGCGGACCAGCCGCUGCAAAAGGCCAAUGGUGAUUUCGACCGAGACACCACGGUUGUGAGCUUUGCCGCAGGAGAUGCCGUGGGGCAGUUCGUUCGGGACAAAGUGUGCCUGGGUACAGCAUGUGCCUUCGCGGACUUCGUUGAGAUGACCGAGGAGUCGAAGGAGCCCUUCGCCGCUGCAGAAUGGGAUGGUGUGCUCGGCUUGGCACAGUCGUUGAACGAAAACACGGAGUUUAAUGUUGCGCAGAACCUCCUGAAAGGAGGUCUGUACGAUGGCACCAUGAAAAAGCCUGUUUUUUCAGUCUACCUGGGGCGCAAGGUGGAAGAUGAGGCUGAAAUUACGUUUGGGGACUACCACGACUCUCGCAUGUCGUCCGCGCUGCAUUGGAUCAAUGUUUCCAAAGAAGGUUACUGGCAGUUCCAGUUUGACGACAUUACGGUCGACGGCAAGACAACCGGCCUGUGCGCGAAGCACGCUGAGAAGCGUUGCCAGGCAGUUCUGGACACCGGAAGCUCACUUGUGAUGGGGCCUAGAGAAGAUUUGGAUGCUAUCUUAGAGUUGCUGACCUUCAAGGAGGGGACCCAGAUGCCUUGUGCGGCAUCUAGGCACUUCCCGAAGCUUGGCAUUCGGAUUGGCACUCAAAACUUCGAGAUGGAGGCUGAUGAGUAUAUCGAUCGAUCUGAUCCAGAGCAAGCCGAUGGCCAGGGGACUUGCUGGGCUCAGCUGAUGCCUGUGGGUGACACUGGCAGAGGAGCAAUCUUUGUCCUGGGCAUGCCUUUUCUAAGAGCGUUCUACACCGUCUACGAUGUGGAGGCCAAAAGAAUGGGCAUUGCCAGGGCUAAGCACAAGUCCAAGCAGGUCAUUGCAGACGCCGGUGCACAAGUGAAGCUUGUGUCACUGCGACCGGCUGGCACUGAUUUGCAAGGAAAGGCGACGAGCAGAAUGUCGAAUGAUGGCAAGGAUGGAAGCAAAUGA